GAGCUGGCCUAGAGAAGCCGGAAGCUACCCUGGAGCGGUUCUGUGGCAACCCGUUGCCGGCUGCGAACUCCUGUGCAGGUCAGUGGGCGGGAAGCGGGUCGCCAUUCACCUUUCCUCCCGCGGCGGUUCCAGGACGGCAGGCAUGAUUGAACCUAUAUGUCUGAGUAUGCAGAUACCAGCCUGCCCCCAGAAGACCGGGUCAGAGGUCUUAUUCAUAUGGGGAGUUGUGUGGAAGUGAAUGAAGAUGUUCCACCACGGAGAUACUACCGUUCAGGUGUUGAAAUCAUCCGGAUGGCAACUAUUUAUUCCGAAGAAGGCAACAUCGAACGUGCCUUUAUAUUGUACAACAAAUACAUUACACUCUUCUUAGAGAAACUCCCCAAGCAUCGUGAAUAUAAAACUGCAAUCAUUCCAGAGAAGAGAGAGACAGUGAAAAAACUAAAAGAGGUUGCAUUCCCUAAAGCAGAGGAGUUGAAAAAGGAGCUUUUAGCAAAAUACAACAAAGAAUAUGCAGAAUACAAUAUACAGAAGAAGAAGCAAGAGGAGGCAUUCGCUCGCACCUUGGCCCUGCAGCAGCAGCUGGAGGAGGAGAGGCAAAGAGUGGCCCGCAUGAAGCAGCAGCAAGCCGAGCAGGAGCAGUUCCACGCCUUUGAAGACAUGAUCCGGCGCCAGGAGCUGGAGAAGGAGCGCCUGAGGGUGGAGCAACAAUUUGGGGCAGCAACUGUAGGCCCCCCGGAGGGCCCCUUAAUACCUGGCGUGCUCAAGCCCCCCACCGACCCCCAAACUCUUAUAUCCGCUGGUCAACCUUGGAGCCCCGCGGGAGGAAGCGGACUGCCGCAGCCCCCCGUAGUGGACAGGUCGCUGAAACCUGGCGCUUUGGGGAACUCGGAAAACAACGCAGUUAUAGAUGGUCUUCGCCACAUCGUUGUCCCCAGGGAUCUGUGCCAUAAAUUUCUGCAGUUGGCAGAUGCAAAUACAGCCAGGGGCGUGGAGACCUGUGGGAUCCUUUGUGGGAAGCUGAUGAGGAAUGAAUUCACAAUCACCCACGUCAUUGUCCCCAAGCAACACGGAGGCCCCGACUAUUGCAACACCGAGAGCGAGGAGGAGCUCUUCUUAAUCCAGGACCAGAACAGCCUGAUCACCUUGGGAUGGAUCCACACUCAUCCUACUCAAACGGCUUUCCUCUCCAGUGUGGACCUGCACACCCAUUGCUCCUAUCAAAUGAUGUUGCCAGAGUCUAUAGCUAUUGUUUGUUCACCAAAGUAUCAAGAGACUGGAUUCUUUAAACUGACCGACCACGGGAUGGAGGAGAUCUCGUCCUGCAGGCAGAAAGGAUUCCAUCCCCACUGCAAAGACCCUCCUCUCUUUACUACUUGCAACCACGUGACCGUCAUGCAAGAGGAAGUGGUGGUGCUGGACCUUCGAUGAGGCUGCCUUUCUAUCUCUUGAUCAGCUCUUCCUGUCUUCCUUAAAGUUAAUUUAUGGUUGCUUCUCUCACUUCCUGUGCAGUGAUAACCCAGAAUCUGACCUGUAACAGAGCCAAGGAGUUUUGCCUUCUCUUGGAUCCCACGUGAAUAAUAAUUUGGGGCCGUCGCUGAGAAUCAGUAAAGCAAAAUUAUAUACUAAAAUGAGCCCUGACCUUGACAUGGCUAGUCUUGGCUGCUGACUGAGGUUUUUCAACAAACCAGGCUCCAGAACACACACACACAGGCACAAACAAACAGGAACAAAGGCUUGGAAGUGUUCGGCUUGAUGCAAAGAACAUCCCUCCGUCUCUGUAUUAAGAUCUGCUCAACUCUUGCACCGUCUUGGGAAACCUCCGUCCUAUCAGUGGUUUGGAAUUCUCACGCUCAACUCUGCUGUGCCAAAAUUUUGACUUUAGUGAGCAGUAAUAAAGCAAGUUUUGUGUCGAAGGAAGUGCCCACAAAGGAAACCAAGCUAUUGUCUAUUUGAUUUCUCUUCCCUAAAUCGGGUCCCCAACCUUUCCGGUUUUGUGGAUGAGCUGGGGGGAGGAAACAGUUCCAAGCGAGCGGCAGACACACAGGCAGCAUGCACUUGCUUGCCACAGCCUGGGGAUUAGGGACCCCUGCCCUAGAUAAUGGCCCCUUGUUCCAAGGGAAGAAUUCAUGUGUUUAAAAGAAGAGAGAAUUGACGUUUAUUGAAAUAACUAGCUUUUUUUUUUUUUUGGUUACCAAUGUCUCCCUUUUUAGGGAUCUGCAUUUUACCAAAACAUAUCACCCUAAGCUUAAUGUUUCUGCUGCUGUCCUUUUAAAGCCUGUUGAAGGAUGGAACUAUCCUGUAUAGGCCACGUGCAGAAAAGGAUGUGGUAUCAAAAUGCUCUCUAAGAAAUCAUCUUCAUUGUAUUCAGUCGGCUUGUAGGUGCCUUUUCCGUGCUAUGAAUCGAAAGAGAGUGGAUGAGAUCAAUUAAGAGCAAAUCUCCCAAUUUAGCCACCCGGCCAUGUCCUCAAAUGUGCCGCUCUAGGAAUUACAUCUAACCAUCAAGAAUGAUGAUGAUGUGCUGGUGUUUGUCACCACUAUAUCAACCAACCCAGUUUAAAGUGAGGGCUGAGCAAUGGAGCCCAGUCCCUGCUGUGGACCUGGAGCUGCCUAGCAAAAGGGAAAGAGGCAAGCGCGUAUCCAAGCCCAGUCGAUUCCCCUCCUGCUGCUGCUGCUGUGAUCCUCUCCUAGCCC